GCUAAUAACAUUCAAAACGCAGUUGCGAAAGCUCGAUACCCCACGCCCCACGGCACUGCAGAGCCCACUUCACACCUUUUCGCUUCGCUUCCCUCUGCUAAUUCAAUCCGACCAUGGGUUCCGAUGCGGAUAUGGAGGAUUAUGGCUUCGAGUACUCCGACGAGGAGCCCGAAGAGCAGGACGUUGAAAUUGAAAACCAAUAUUACAAUUCCAAAGGACUGGUUGAAACAGACCCAGAAGCAGCACUUGAGGGUUUUGCUGAAGUAGUUCGGAUGGAACCUGAGAAAGCUGAGUGGGGAUUUAAAGCCUUAAAGCAAACUGUAAAGCUGUACUAUAAGUUAGGGAAAUACAAAGAAAUGAUGGAUGCUUACAGAGAAAUGCUGACCUACAUUAAAUCAGCAGUGACGCGAAAUUACAGUGAAAAGUGUAUAAACAAUAUCAUGGAUUUUGUUUCUGGAUCAGCUAAUCAGAACUUUAGCCUCCUUCAAGAGUUUUACCAGACUACACUGAAUGCCCUUGAAGAAGCAAAGAAUGAGAGGCUAUGGUUCAAGACAAAUUUAAAGCUGUGCAAAAUUUGGUUUGAUAUGGGUGAAUAUGGGCGAAUGAGCAAAAUUCUGAAGGAACUAAAUAAAUCAUGUAAAAAAGAAGAUGGUUCAGAUGAUCAGAAGAAAGGUACACAGUUAUUGGAGGUAUAUGCAAUUGAGAUCCAGAUGUACACUGAGACUAAGAAUAACAAAAAGCUGAAGGAAUUAUAUCUCAAAGCAUUGUCAGUCAAAUCAGCGAUUCCUCACCCACGUAUCAUGGGAAUAAUUCGUGAAUGUGGAGGAAAAAUGCAUAUGGCAGAGAGACAGUGGGCAGAUGCUGCUACAGACUUCUUUGAAGCUUUUAAGAACUAUGAUGAGGCUGGAAACCAGAGGCGUAUCCAGUGUUUAAAAUACUUGGUUUUGGCAAAUAUGCUGAUGGAGUCUGAGGUCAAUCCUUUUGAUGGCCAAGAGGCAAAGCCAUAUAAAAAUGACCCUGAAAUUUUGGCAAUGACAAACCUAAUAGCAGCGUAUCAACGGAAUGAGAUAAUAGAGUUUGAAAAAAUCCUUAAGAGUAAUAGAAGGACAAUAAUGGAUGAUCCAUUCAUACGGAAUUACAUUGAAGAUCUUUUGAGAAAUGUGAGGACUCAGGUGUUGCUCAAGCUCAUCAAACCCUACACAAGGAUUCGGAUCCCCUUCAUAUCCAAGGAGCUUAAUGUACCAGAAAAGGAUGUUGAGGAGUUGUUGGUCUCGUUAAUAUUGGAUAAUCGUAUACAAGGUCACAUUGAUCAAGUGAACAGACUGCUAGAACGUGGUGACAGGUCAAAAGGAAUGAAGAAAUACACUGCUAUAGAUAAGUGGAACACACAGCUCAAGUCUCUCUAUCAGACCAUCGGCAAUCGAGUGUGUUAAAUAUCGAGAUUGUUCCAUUUAUACUUUGAACGCAAGCACUAAGUUAUCCUCCAUUCAGGCCCGCAGUGGGGAUAAAAGCGAGUGGUUGGCAUCAGGUUUUCCCAGGUUUUGACUUUUGAUAUAUGCAUGUUUUUAGUACUGAAACUGCAUUCACAGAGUACAUUGUAAAUGUUGAUUCUCAAUGUUCUUAUUGUCCAAGUGACUAGUUAAAAUUGAUUCUUUUGGGGGAUUUUGUUGGAACCGAGCCAAUCUAGGCAGAUUUGUGAGGGGUGUAAACGAGUUAAAUUUGGGAUUAAUUUUUGAACUACACUUGGUAUACCAAGUUUAUAUAGAUCUGUAGUUUAAUGCAAUAAAAUCUUUGUGCUGUA